UUCUGAUAGAUCUGCAAUACAAUGGAAACACAUAAAGGUACUGAAUCAACCAAUGACAGUGAUGUGUACCGUUGUGUUUUAAAGGAAGACUUCAAGUACAUUCUCCUCCCAGUCAGCUACACUCUUGUGUUUGUGUCUGGCCUGGCACUGAACGUCACUGCUUUGUUUUUCAUCAUAUUCCAAAUCAAACGCUGGAAGCCCAGCACCAGAUUACCAGAAUCUGGACCAAAAUGGCAACACUAAACAACACUGGACCAACCAAUAACAGCAACCAGUCUCAUUGUGUUUUAAAAGAGAACUUCAAGUACAUUCUCCUCCCAAUCAGCUACAGUCUUGUGUUUGUGGUAGGCCUGGCAUUGAACUUCACUGCCAUGUACAUCAUUCUGUUUCGAACCAAACACUGGAAGCCCAGCACCAUCUACAUGAUCAACCUCAAUAUUUGUGACACCCUUUACAUCCUUACCCUUCCGUUCCUCAUCUACUACUAUGCUGAUGAGGACGACUGGCCAUUCAGCGAGCCGAUGUGCAAGCUGAUUCGCUUUUUGUUCUACACAAACCUCUACGGAAGCAUCCUCUUCCUCAGCUGCAUCAGUCUGCACCGUUUCUUGGGCAUCUGCCACCCGGUGCGCUCUUUGACCUGUAUGAAUGCCCGUUUUGCUCGUUUGGUUUCGUUGGGCAUAUGGGUGACCUUGCUUAUAUUCCAGGCACCAAUCCUCUACUUCGCCAAGACAAGAAGAAAUGGUUCAUUACUGGUCUGUUACGACACUUCCAUCAAGGAGCUCUUCAACAGCUUUCUGGUAUACACCUCAGUGGUUAUGUUACUGCUCUUCAUCCUACCAUUUGGGGUGGUGCUGGUCUGCAAUGUGUUGAUGGUACGGAAACUUCAGGAACCCAGCAUUGGUGGAAACUCCAUAUCAAAGCGCUCCAAGCAGAAGUCGGUGAAGAUGAUCAUGAUUGUACUUAUUACUUUCAUGUCAUGCUUUCUGCCUUUCCACCUGAACCGCAGCAUUUACUAUGGCUACCGUUACCUGGACCUGCAGAAUUGCAUGACGCUGCACAACUCCAACGUGGCCUACAAGCUCACACGACCUCUGCUAAGUCUCAAUAGCUGUAUUGACCCCAUCCUCUACUUCAUGGUAGGACAGAGCUUCAGAAACAUUAUCAACAAGAAGUCCAAAUCAAGCCAAAGGUGUGACAAUGCCAAAUUUCUCUCAGCAUUACAACUACCUGUUUGAGCAAAGGUAGCAAUGAUAGAGCCUAUGAACCAAUGACAUUUUUUCUCUUCCUUCCUCUAUAGCAGUGGUUCUUCACAAUGGGGUCUUAGCAAACUUUCAAAUACAGCGCCUUGUUGAUGAGAAAGGUCAGUAGACAAUGGCCAGACUGGUUUGAACUGACAAAGUCUAUGGUAACUCAUAUAACCGCUAUGUACAAUUGUGGUGAGAAGAAUAUAAUUUCAGAAUGCUGUUCUGAGAUGCGGGUUGGCGCUGAAUUGGCGGCACGAGGGGGAUCUACACAAUAUUAGGCAGGUGGUUUUAAUAUUGUGGAUGAUCGGUGUAUAUUUUAAAAGUACAGUCAGUUUUCAUAUUGUACAUACUAAAAAACAUAUUAUUUUCCAUUAAAAACAAACAAACAAAAAGGUUUAUUUAAUUGCAGAGAAUGUGUGUACGGUAGUGACAAUUCUUAAAGUUACUCUCUAAUUUUCAGAAUUUGCUGAUUUUUUUUUCCAGAUCUUACACCAAGAGUCUAACUUUACCUUGUCACUUCAAAAUAAAAACAAUAUUUUUUACUCAAAAAAAAAAAAAAAAAAAAACAAAAAACUCUAAAAUCUAAAUAAUUUACUGUAUCCACAGAUCCCCCAUUAUCUAAUAGACAUAU